AAUAAAUAUAAAAUUAAAAGUACUAGAUUUAUUUCCAAUAAUCUUGAAACUAAUGGACUUUUAAAAAGCUUUAUGCGAGUAUACUCUUCAUAUUUUUCUAUAGAACAAGUAUUAUUAAAAACAAAUAUUAGAUUCUUUCAAAAUAUUUCAUAUUCAAUAGUUGAGUCUAAUGGCAACUAUCAAUAUAUAAAAUUUUGUAUUAGUGAAGCAGUAGAAACUACUUUGUCAGAUAAUGAACAAUCUGUAUUUGGAAUUGUUAAAGCGAUAAUUGAAUAUACAUAG